AUGGCCAAGGGAUCAGAGCCAGCCAGCAUGGAUUUCAAUAUCUGCACCAAUGAUCUGCAUGCGGGGACUGAGUCCAGCAUCAGCAAAUUUGCAGAUGACACCAAGCUGGGUGCGAGUGUGGAUGUGAUGGAGGCUCCGCCGCUCGGCAGCGCGGCCCCCGGCCCCGAGCCUCCCGUGUCGCGUUCCAAAGAGCGAACGCCGGGGGAUGGCCGGGCCGGGGCGGGUGAGGGGCGCUCGGGGGCCGUUGCUGGCCCCGGGCCGAGCGCUGACAGCCGCGUCCCGCCCGCAGGGAAGGCGCAGCAGCGCCUGAAGGAGCGGUACCGCCUGGGCUCGCUGCUGGGGCGCGGCGGAUUCGGCAGCGUCUUCGCAGCAACGCGGCUCUCGGACGGCGCCCCGGGUGGACAGCGAGAUGAGCCCACUUCUGCACUUGGCUUGCAGGUGGCCAUCAAAAGGGUGCCACGGAACCGCAUCCAUCACUGGGGUGAGCUGCCCGACGGCACCAGCGCAUCCCUGGAGAUUGUCCUGCUGGCAAAGGUGUCCAAUGGCUUCCCUGGUGUGGUCCAGCUGCUGGAGUGGGUUGAGCUCCCCAACGACAUUGUGAUGGUGCUGGAGCGCCUGGAGCACUCUCAGGACCUGCAGCAUUUCAUUCGGGCACGGGGGUUCCUGUCCGAGGAGGUGGCGCUGCAGCUGUUCCACCAGGUGCUGGAGGCUGUCUGGCACGGCACCAGCUGCAGGGUCCUGCACAGAGACAUCAAACCAGGGAACAUCCUGGUUGACCUGGCCACCGGGCAAGCCAAAUUGAUUGAUUUUGGCUGUGGCACCUACCUGCAAGAGACAGCCUACAUUCAUUUUGCAGGAACACCAUCAUACAGCCCCCCAGAAUGGACCCGCUUUGGCUGGUACCAUGGCGAGCCAGCUACCAUCUGGUCCCUGGGCAUCAUGCUGCACCAGAUGGUCUGCGGGGAGCACCCUUUCAGGAGGGACCAGAACAUCAGCUGGGACCAUCAGCUCUCGCUGCCACAACGGCUCUCUCCAGAGUGCCAAGAUCUGAUCAGGCGGUGUUUAUCCAUGCUGGACUUGGAAAGGCCCUCAUUAGAAGAGGUGUUCUGUCAUCCUUGGAUGCAGGAUAUACAUCUGCCCUAGAAGAAGGGAGAGAGCCACAGGCACACUGUGCUGCAGGGCCCCGCUGGGGCCCUGGGCAGAGCUCUGACAGCCUGGUCUGAGCCCAGGGAAGGAGAAAGAGCCUCCAGAGAAGCUGUACCGGGUGGGGCUGCUGCUGCUGGGGACAGUGCGGAUGACAUCAGGGAUGACAGCCUCUUCCUGGCCACUGGUAAGCUGAAGAUGAUGGACUUCAAUUCUGGCACCUUCUUCAAAGCCUGGCUCCACAGUGAAUUUACAGAUGAGUCCACAUGCAGGGGGAUGCUCCCAGAUUUGGGCAUUGCACAGCCUGGCCAAGAACCAAAGGUUCCCCCCUUUGCUGGGGUGGAUGCAGCUGAUUGUUCAGUCGGCUGCCCAGCUGCUUUUGGCAGGGC